AUGCGCGAGGCCGGGCGCCGCGCUGUUGACGCUGCGGCCGGCGGCUGUUUGUGUUUGCUGCGGCCGGUGCUGCGCCCACCCCCACCCCCUCCCCCACCCCCUCCCCCACACCGCACCCCAAACAGCCGCAGCCGGGCAGACCGCCGGUCAGCGCGAGCGCCGCCGCCCCCGCAGCCGCCGCCUGUGUCAACACCUACUUACGCCAGCCGGCGUCGACACCUCUGCCGUGCUCGCUCUGCGGCGCGCACCCGGACCGACCUGGCCCACGCUUUUUAUGUUCAGCAGCCGCUCGCUGGCCGAAGGCCAGCAGAGCCCGCUGGCAGCGGUGAGGCAGCUGCAGCUGACCGGCCGCCGCAGACGACAGCCGGACUUCCGGUCUUGGGCGGUCUGGCCCCCGCCCGGGACCGCCCACUGUCCUCCGACGUGAGUCGGGCGGCGCGCAGAUUGGAGCCCGGUUUACGGAUUUCGGGCGGCGGUGUCUGCGCCCCCGCCGCAGCUCGGCUACUUGCCACGGGCCGCGCCCAUCAGGGGCUGCUGACGCGGGAUUGA